AUGACAGACGGAGACGCUAAUAGUCAUAGCCGCAUGGUGGUAAUACCAUGGCCGUUUAUAAAAAGAAAAGUAGAAUGUGCAGGAGCUGCAUUCCUUAGAUAUUAUAACAUUAAAUGUCAUGGUGAAGAUACCCAAUCGCUAACGUCAACAUCUAAAGAAAAUAUUAAAGAAGUGAUAUUUGAAGACGAUGUGGAAUAUCUGCGGAGCUUGGACCCAAAGGAAUGGAAGCGGCAAGAUCACUAUGCUGUAUUGGGUAUGAAAAAUUUGCGCUAUAAAGCCACUGAAGAUGACAUAAAGAGAGCUUAUCGUCAAAAAGUUCUUAAACAUCACCCAGAUAAGCGAAAGGCUCAAGGAGAGGAGGUGCGGAGUGAUGAUGACUAUUUCACAUGCAUUACCAAAGCUUAUGAGACCCUUGGAACGCCAAACAAGCGGAAAUCAUAUGAUUCCAUAGAUCCUAUGUUUGAUGACUCUAUACCUACAUUGGCUGAAAUAAAAAAAGAGGGUUUCUUUAAAGCCUUCGCUAAAUACUUUGAAAUGAAUGCCCGAUGGUCUGAAAAAAGAAAUGCACCUUUAUUAGGCGAUGAUAACAGUUCACGUGAAUAUGUUGAAAGAUUUUACGCAUUCUGGUAUGAGUUUGAGUCUUGGCGUGAAUUCUCUUAUUUGGAUGAGGAAGAAAAAGAGAAAGGCGCCGACAGAGAGGAGAGGCGAUGGAUAGAAAAACAAAACAAAGCAGCAAGAGCAAAAUUAAAGAAGGAGGAAAUGGCAAGGAUACGUAGCUUAGUUGAUUUAGCAUACGCAAAUGAUCCAAGAAUCCAGCGCUUUAAGCAGGAAGACAAGGACAAGAAGUUGGCAGCUAAACGUGCUAGACAGGAUGCCGUUCAAGCCAAAAAGGCUGAAGAAGAGCGUCUGAUGAAGGAAGCCCUACUUGCCAAACAAAAGGCGGAAGAAGCUGAAAAGGCACGCCUCGAAGCAGCUAGGGCGGAACGGGAACAAAUGAAGAAGAACCUACGUAAAGAACGCAAAUCUCUUAGGGAUUUAUGUAAAUCAAACAAUUACUACUCCCAAAAUGAUAAUGAAAACAUUGCGCAUUUGGCUGCAGUGGAGAAGAUCUGUGAAAUGAUGAAAGUUGUGGAGUUGCAGGAGUUUAUGAAAGAGUUGGAAACAAACGGAAGAGAAGCGUUCUUGAAAGUUAUGAAAGAAACGGAAGAAAAAUUGGAAGCCGAACGUAAGGCUUUGUUUGAAACAAAGAAAGUAGAGGACCAGAAGGCUAAAAAGAAUGCCAUCUUAAAAGCACCGAUUGACUGGACGCCAGAAUUAACACAGCUUCUUAUCAAAGCUGUUAAUUUGUUCCCUGCAGGAACAAACCAGAGGUGGGAAGUUGUAUCCAACUUCCUCAACCAGCAUGGGACGUUUGUUGAUGAAAGACGCUUUAAUGCUAAGGAGGUUCUCAACAAAGCUAAGGAUCUACAGAGCUCCGACUUCUCUAAAAGUAGCCUUAAAAAAGCUGCGAAUGAGGAAGCAUUUGACCAGUUUGAGAAAGAUAAAAAGAAAGCCAUCAAUAAUGUUGAUGACAGUAGUAUAUCGAAAAGUGAUACGAAAUUAGUUAAUGGUACAGCAAAGCCGAAAAUGAAUGGUGACGUUGGCAAAGAAGUGGGGAAAGAAGAAAGGCCCUGGACAAAAACUGAACAAGAAUUGUUGGAACAAGCUAUUAAGACAUUCCCUGUGAGUACACCCGAGAGGUGGGACAAAAUUGCCGACUGCAUCCCCAAUCGCACCAAAAAAGACUGCAUGAAGAGAUACAAGGAAUUAGUUGAGUUAGUUAAAGCCAAGAAACAAGCAGCUAAUAUUGGUUAA